CAUAUUAUACGGAUAUAUAGACAUAUAUAGAGAGAGAAACAGGGAGGAAAAGCUUUUAGAGAGAGAGAAAUCCACAGCGCAAGGCACACAGGGAAGGAGAACGAGGGUUUUGUUGGCUUGUACGGCUUACCUGUAUACGUAUAUUCGCUCUGAUUGAUCCAGUGCUAGUCGUUGAGCCUUCCGAUUCUGAGUUAUCGGAGGCCGGAGAAGGAGCGAAGCAGCGAAGUCUUUUGCCUUGCCGCCGCCUCUCAGAUCUGACAGUCUGAUUGUAGCUCGAAUAAACUUCCAGAUGGCUCCUUCAAUGUAGUAAACGGGAUACUAUCACUUUCUCUGUUCUGAUUUUCUGUGCUGUGUGACAUCAACUGCUUCCGUGCAUCACUGAUUUUGGUUCAGAUCUGUGUGUCUCUUUGAUGAUUGUUUCUGGAUUGAGUGAUUUUGUAGCUAGCUCACAAUCGGCUUCUGAGUUCGGCGUCCAAUUGAGAGUGCGGGGGAGGCUCUCUGCUGUCGCCAUCUCUGUUGCCGAUUGUGAGAUCCAACUGCCUUUCUUGUUGUAUAAUGUCUCCUAACCUGGACAGCCCUGUGCAGACCCAGAUGGCUGUGGCACCCUUCAAAACCCCACUUGGUGGGGAGUUCAAGAGGAUGGAAGGGAAAGCUACAGGAAGAAGACGAGUUUUUGUGCAAACUGAGACUGGUUGUGUUCUGGGGAUGGAGUUGGAUCGCAGUGACAAUGCACAUACUGUGAAAAGGAGGUUGCAGCUUGCCCUCCAUUUCCCAAUUGAGGAAAGUUCUUUGACUUUUGGAGAUAUGGUUUUGAAGAAUGACCUUAGUGCCAUUAGGAAUGAUUCUCCUCUUCUUCUGACUCGGAACACUAUGCAUAGAAGUUCAUCAACUCCCUGUCUUUCACCCACUGGGAGGGAUAACCAACAGCGAGAUUGGAGUGGUCCUAUUGAGAUUUUGGGGAAGUCUAGUAGCUUUGCAAAGACAAAACAACUUGUCAAGGAAAUUGUUAAGGCCAUGAAGGCAGGUGUUGAACCUCUUCCUGUCCAUGGUGGGCUUGGAGGGGCAUAUUAUUUUAGAAACAAUAGGGGUGAGAGUGUUGCCAUUGUAAAGCCAACUGAUGAAGAACCCUUUGCACCAAACAAUCCGAAAGGAUUUGUGGGCAAAGGUCUGGGCCAACCUGGCUUGAAACGUUCAGUGAGGGUUGGUGAAACAGGUUUCAGAGAGGUUGCUGCGUAUCUUCUUGACUAUGAUCACUUUGCUAAUGUGCCACCCACUGCUUUGGUGAAAAUCACUCAUUCAAUAUUUAAUGUAAAUGAUGGCGUGAACAUGAACAAGCCUAAUAACAAGAGGCAAUUUGUUAGCAAGAUUGCAUCUUUUCAACAGUUCAUCCCACAUGAUUUUGAUGCCAGUGACCAUGGAACCUCAAGUUUCCCAGUUGCUACUGUGCAUCGGAUUGGGAUAUUAGAUGUUAGGAUUUUUAACACAGAUAGGCAUGCAGGAAAUCUUUUAGUUAGGAAACUUGAUGGUGUUGGGAGGUUUGGUCAGGUGGAACUCAUUCCUAUUGACCAUGGUCUCUGCUUACCAGAAAGCUUGGAGGAUCCAUAUUUUGAGUGGAUUCAUUGGCCACAAGCUUCUAUUCCGUUCUCUGAUGAUGAGCUCGAGUAUAUAGAUAAGCUUGACCCUAUACGGGACUCUGAGAUGCUGCGAAGUGAGCUACCUAUGAUUCGCGAAGCCUGUCUUAGAGUCUUGGUCCUUUGUACCAUUUUCCUCAAGGAAGCUGCUACUUAUGGAUUAUGCCUUGCUGAGAUUGGUGAGAUGAUGACUCGAGAAUUCCGUAGUGAUGAAGAGGAACCAAGUGAACUAGAAGUUGUUUGCAUUGAGGCUAGAAGGCUGGUUGCGGAGAAGGAACUGCCAUCACCUGGUGUUGAAGUGGAUGAGGAUGAGUUUCAAUUUGAGAUAGAUUAUGAAGACACUGGAUAUGAUUAUAAUCCAAAAAUGCCCUUCUCAGAUUUCACGAGCAGAAAUCCAUUUCAUGUACCAUUUGGAGCAAAUGGCCGCACACCACUCUCAAAACUUGAGGAAAGUAUUGAGGAGGAAGAAGAAAGCAGUGGGGAAGAGGAGAAGAUUUCUCCUGAUCUUCUUCCUAUCAUUAACAAAGAAACCGUUUCAAAGCUAUCUAUGUCUCUUAAGAAUACAAGUCUAGGUGAGAAGAACCUGAAGUACCCUAGUUUUUCAGGACCGAAACAAGAGAGUUCAUCCUCUGGCCACCGCAGCGCAAAUGAGCAGCUUCCCACGAGUGUCAGCUUCGUCAAGCUAGCCGAUAUGAAUGAGGAAGAGUGGGCAAUGUUUCUAGAGAAGUUUCAAGAACUGCUGUUACCAGCCUUUGCAAAGCGCAAGUCAGUGGCCAUUGGUCAAAGGCAGCGACAGAGGCUUGGAACUUCAUGCCAGUUUUGAGGUUGAAUCUCCUACGAUCAGGACGAGAGUACUAGUCAGUCUCUGAAUAAGGAUUUGCAGGCUUGCUGAAGUGAAGGUUUCCUAGCUUAGUUUGGUUUUAAAUGGAUCAUCUCCCCCAUGAAGUUUGUAGACAGGAAGUAGUGGUUUAGUAGGUUUUGUAAAUACUGCUGGAGGUAGCUUGCUAAACGAGCCAGUUAGACUUGGUUGCAUUUUUUUGUUAGACAUUUUCAUCUCUUUUUUCUUUCCUCCAUUAACUUCGUUAUGGAGACAUGUUGGAUAAAUAAUUUGCAGACUCCCAAAAAAAAUGAUAAAAAGGUUAUGUAGAUACUGGUUGUUUGAUCUCUAA